AUGAAGAACUGCAUUGAAGAAGCAAAGCUUUUUCGCGCUCAAGGUCAAAAUGAGAUGGCUAUCAACCUUGGAAUGUACAUAUCUCAAAAUUAUCAAAGUAAUGAAGGGGCUUCAGAUUUAUAUCGGUUGAUUGGGAAGUGGCUGGCAGAGACCAGAUCUAGCAACUCAAGAACAAUUUUGGAGAAGUAUUUGAAACCUGCAGUCUCUAUAACCGAGGAUGUGAAAACUGCGGAUAAAAAGGCCAUGGGACGGAGAUGUCAGACUCAUUUUCAUCUUGCACAUUAUACUGAUGCUCUAUUUAGAAGCCAUGAAGAAAGACUUAACUCUAAUGAGUGGCAAUCAGCAAUGCGCUUAAGAAAGCAUAAGACUGUAGAGUUGGAAGCACUCAUUAAAAGGUUAAGGAGUUCAACAAAGGGGGAGAAAACUGACUACACCAUGAAAAUCCAAGAACUACAAAAGCAAGUAGCCAUGGAUAAGGAAGAAGAAAAAAAAUUACAGGAUGACCGGGACAAUUUUCUUAAUCUGGCAUUGGAGGGAUAUAAACAUUGUUUAGUCAUAGGUGACAAGUAUGAUGUCCGAGUGGUGUUUCGAAUUGUUUCCUUGUGGUUCAAUCUUUCUUCUAGAAAACAUGUUGUAAAUAGCAUGCUUAGCACAAUUGAUGAGGUUCAAUCCUUCAAAUUUAUACCGUUAGUAUACCAAAUUGCUUCUAGAAUGGGUAGCUCCAAGGAUGGUCAAGGACCUCUUAAUUUCCAGUUUGCUUUGGGUUCUCUUGUGAAGAAAAUGGCUAUUGAUCAUCCAUACCAUACAGUACUUCAACUUCUGGCCCUGGCAAAUGGUGACCGUAUCAAGGAUAAACAGCGUAGUAGAAGUUCAUUUGUGGUUGAUAUGGACAAGAAACAUGCGGCAGAAAACCUGCUAAAUGAGUUGUCAUCUUAUCAUGGAGCAAUCAUACGACAAAUGAAGCAAAUGGUAGAUAUUUAUAUCAAACUUGCUGAGAUGGAGACAAAGAGAGAGGAUACCAAUAAAAGAGUGACACUACCAAGGGAUUUACGCAAUCUCCCAGUGCUAGAACUUGUACCUGUAGUGACAGCUACCAUUUCAAUUGAUUGUAGUUGUCAAUAUCACGAAGGCUCUUUUCCUUACUUCAAAGGAUUAGGAGAUUCUGUUAUGAUAAUGAAUGGUAUAAAUGCUCCUAAAGUGGUUGAAUGCUUGGGUUCUGAUGGCUGCAGAUAUCGGCAACUUGCAAAAUCUGGAAAUGAUGACUUAAGACAGGACGCUGUAAUGGAACAGUUCUUUGGUUUAGUUAACACAUUCCUAAGGAACCAUCAAGAUACAUGGAGAAGAAGGCUAGGUGUUCGGACUUACAAGGUUGUUCCUUUUACUCCAAGUGCUGGUGUUCUUGAAUGGGUUAAUGGAACUCUUCCUCUCGGUGAAUAUCUUAUAGGGAGCAUGAGAAAUGGUGGUGCGCAUGGUCGCUAUGGAAUAGGGGAUUGGCCGUUCUUUAAAUGUCGAGAGCACAUGGCAAAUGAAAGGGACAAGCGCAAAGCAUUUCAGGAAGUUUGCAGGAGUUUCAGGCCCGUCAUGCAUUUCUUUUUCUUGGAGAGGUUUUUACACCCAGCUGAGUGGUUUGAAAAGAGACUGGCAUAUACCCGAAGUGUUGCUACCAGUUCUAUGGUUGGUUAUAUUGUUGGCCUUGGAGAUCGGCAUUCAAUGAACAUUUUAAUUGAUCAGACUACUGCAGAGGUUGUUCACAUUGAUCUUGGUGUUGCAUUCGAACAAGGCUUGAUGCUUAAGACCCCAGAACGGGUUCCAUAUAGGCUCACAAGAGAUGUAAUUGAUGGAAUGGGUGUAACUGGUGUAGAGGGGGUUUUCAGAAGGUGUUGUGAGAAAACACUUUCUGUUAUGCGGACAAACAAAGAGGCAUUACUUACCAUUGUGGAGGUGUUUAUCCAUGAUCCUCUUUAUAAGUGGGCUUUAUCUCCUCUGAAAGCUUUGCAGCGUCAAAAGGAAAUGGAUGUUGAUUUGGAUACAAGUUUGGAGGAACCUCAAAACGAGUAUGAAGGAAAUAAAGAUGCAGCACGUGCACUUUUGCGUGUAAAGCAAAAACUGGAUGGGUAUGAAGAUGGUGAAAUGCGAAGUAUCCACGGGCAGGUACAGCAACUCAUCCAAGAUGCAAUAGAUUCUGAGCGAUUGUGCCAAAUGUUUCCUGGUUGGGGAGCUUGGUUAUGA